UGUCUCUCCCGAGGCACACAACAACUAGUGGAAACGCGCGGAAUACAAGAUUUGGCGAAUAAUGAUGAGCUGAUUGGACCUUUUUUGGGAUAUUUUUGGAUUAUGUCGAGUUACUUCUGGAUGAAUAUCAUGAGCUUUAAUAUGUGGCGGACAUUCAGAGGAUUCUCUUCGUUACAAAAAAAUGUCAAUCGGAAGAAAAAAUCGGAAAAAAAGAAGUUGCUGUAUUAUGUGAUUUUUGCAUACGGUUGCCCAUUUAUACUUGGUAUUGUGUGUGUCAUCAUCGUGGAUUUGGUUUCUGAGUAUAUACCAGUAAAUUUGAGACCAGAAUUCCAGAUGGCAAAUUGCGGGUAUAAUGGUAAACUUCAAAAUGUGGUGUAUUUGUUCUGGAUCGAAACUGUCUGUAUCAUUAGUACUGUUUGCUUAUCCAUUUCUACGGCACUGAACAUCAAAUGUUACGAAAAAAAUACAGACUUACGUCUAACAGAUUCGGAAAGCAAGCGGUAUAAUGACAAUAAAAAAUGGUUUAAACUAUAUAUGCAGUUAUUUAUCGUAAUGUCUAUUUUAGUGGCCAUAAACUGGGUUUUGUUUACAAUGUUACUUUUGAUUACUAAUAAAUUAUUUUUAUCUUUGGUAAAUAAUUAUUAUUUAUAUGUCAUUGUAUUGUUAGAUAUUGUGAACUGUUUCUGCAACUUUAUCAUAUUUGUGUGGAAGAAGAAGAUCAAAUUGAUGUUAAUGAAACGAUUCGGAUACGAAACAAAGGCAACAUCGUCUUGAAUAUCACAACUGAGGAGUCUAUGUAAAAAAAGUCAAACUCUUGUGGAGAAGAAAACUGUUACGCGAAAGAUUUGUCCGAGAAGAUUAAAUCUAAUAUUGCACUAGGUAAAAUAUGUUUUAUCGCAGUUUAUGAACAAACGAUUAAUCGCAAUUUAAUAUAUCAGAUAAUACAUAAACGCACGCUUUGCGCUCGCCAUUCUGCGAUUUAUUUUAUAAUUUGUGUGUGCGAUUUAACUUUUUAAUAAUUGUAAUUUUAAAUAAUUAUAUUUUCUCAACUGCCAAACUGUUACAUGACAACAGCACGAUUAUAAUUAUAACGCAUAAUACGAAUCGAACAGCCAAAGUGACAAUACACAGUGUCAAUAACAUGAUUUUUUAAAUAGAACUGGAUCAACAAAAGCGCGCGUUACAUGUGCGUCAAUGUCUACUCUUGUGUUUAAUAAUUUUUUAAAUUUUACUUAAUUUUAUUUUCAAUAACAUUCAAACUGUUAAUUCCUGGAAGGAUAGUUGCUAAAUGCUAAACGUUUAACACUAAUAUAAUAAAUAAUUUUAUUUAAUAUUCCGUUUACAUUUAUAUAUAUUUUCAUACAUGUCAUAACAUUGCAAUUAAAAUAUUUCGGUAACAAAAUGUGAAUAGCAUAUAGUAAUCCAGCUUGGUAUUGUCAAUAAAAGUGCAUUAUUAUUGUCAGUCGAGCUUCGACACACGAUUAAAAAAGACGCAUAAGUAAAACGCUUUGCAUACUGUCAAAUUCCUUUUUUACGUUUGCGAUCGAUAUGCGAAAACUAUUUUAUAUGGAAAAAUAAUUAAUAAGAUAUUAACUUCUACAAUUAAAAUGUAAUUACAUAUGUGUCAGUCGCACGCCGACAUUCGAACAGUAAUGUCGUAGUGCGAGAUACUUUGUAUGUUGUCAAAUUUUUUUCAAACGACAUCUCGUAUCGUAUCAUAAUUUGCUAUAAUUAUUACAUUUAAUGGUUAUUAAACUUUUGUAAAUAUAAUCGCCGCGAAACUGUAUCGUAAUUAUAAAUUUUUGUUAAAACGCGAGUAUUAAUUAUUGGAAGUAUGAAUAGGGGCUACAGGAAUAUAAAUAAAAAUUAAUGUUUCUUUUACAAUUAUUUGAUUAUAGAUUUUUGCGGAUAUUAAUUACUUCUCUAAUAAUGCUUAGAAUGUAAUAUGAUAUGUCCGAUAAAAUAAAGCUGUUUUAAAUGCGAAUAUAAAUUAA